UCCACAACGUCUUUCGAGAAUCUUGUUAGUCCUUCAGUGCCCAAUGAAUAAUAAUAAUUCCCACGUUGUUAAAAAGGGAUACAUUUCCGUGAAGGAGGAUGGGUUAAGAGCAUGGAUUUGGUCAAAACGAUGGAUGUUACUCAGAGAACAAACCCUUACGUUUCAUCGUAACGAGAAUACUUAUCAAGCCGUUGCGUUGAUUUUUCUUAAAGAGAUUACUAGUGUUUCGCGGACGGAAUUGAAACCUUACUGCUUCGAAAUUCAAACUAAAGACAAAACCUAUUAUCUUUCUUGUAAAAAUGACGAAGAACUAUACUCAUGGAUGGAUGAAAUUUAUGGG